GUUUAUCCCUCUCCUUCUCUUUACAGCUGACACUAACAACGUCAAAAUGAAAGACACCAUUUUGUGUAGUCGUUUGUUAUUGUUGCGUUGAUUGUGAGACGCUGUUGUUUCGAUUAGGAUUUGAAUCAAUUUUCGUCGCUUAAUGCUAGUUUGUGUAUGAUUUCGCUUCAAGAAAGAUGGCAAUUCGGUGAUUAUAAAAGGAUAGAAAAUUAGAUCAAAGAUGGCGGUUCUGGAGGAAUUUAAAAUGCAGCUGGUGAAGGAUCUUGCUAGAUACAUGAUUGAGAAAAAUGAACCUAGAGAUCAGAUGUGGAAACGAUUAAAAAUUGAGUAUGGCUGGGAUUGUAAAUUGAUGUGGGAACGUAUCAGGUCGUUGACUAUGAAGAAACUGUCCAAGAUGUUGGCCGCCGAGGAUCGAACAGAUUCCAUUCCGAGUAUAGCUCGAAUGACGCCCAACGAUUGGCUUGUUUUUGACAAAAUACUCGUUCACGAAAAUAUCGACGUUAUCGGAGAGGACUUAAUACUAAGUGGACAGCCUGAAUCAAAGGUUCUUUGGGAAUUAUUUAUUCUUGUAAGUAGUUAUCACAUAGAAACGCUGCCACCAGGAGACGUCGCGAAAGGGUGGUAUAAUUUAACAAAGAUAUACAAUACCAGUGGUCGCUAUUGCUCCGCCAUGUUACUACAACUUCGUUGGUACCAAUUAAAAGUGCUGGUUAGAACAAAUUUUCACAGUUUUUGGUCAAUAUAUCAAGGACACGGCAAUUAUAUGAAACAAGUACCCAGAGCAUCGAAAUUACAAAAACUGAUAGCCAGCAGAUACGGUAAAAUCCUAACCGAACCAUUUCUACCUUGGAAAGUUUUAAUAAUAAAAAAAGUGGUUGUUCAAGAAAACUUCAGCUUAUUGGAUCAAUCCAAAACUUCUAAUGAUGAUGAAGAUAUAAUUGAAAUAAAACCGUCAAUUGAAACCAUAGAUCUGAAUACAGAUUCUGAAAGUGAUGAUGAAUCAAAUAUAAAAAAAUCCCAAGUAACAAACACUCAAGAAAAACAAUAUAUAAGUGGAAUUAAUGAUAUCAGCCAGCUAGCAGUAGAAAAAUCUUCUGUCAAUGAUCUGAAUUAUCAAGAAGAUAAAGAUACGCUUAAGUCGACAUCAAGUACAGUUCUUCCUAAAAUUAUAAACGUAGAAGGAAACUUUAACGCUAAAAAAUCUCAAUUCUCAGUCGAUUUAACUGAACAGCAUCAUGAUGUAAUCCGAAAAGAUGUUAUAAAAUACGUUGAUGAACGAAAAACAGUAGAAAAAAUUAAAUUCACUGAUGACAAAUUGCUACAAUGUAAAAAUAUAGAAUCUGGUAAUCAAGUAACAGAGAAUGGUGUACAAAUCACUAUUGUGGAACACGUUAACAAUUGCGUAGAAGAAAAUGAUUCCGCACAAUCUAUAGAUCCUAAACUUUUAAUGAUUCCCUUAUCUUAUACAAAGAAGUUAGAUCAUAUGAGUGUUUUUAAAAAUAUUAAUUAUUUAAAAAUUAAAGGCAAGCACAUUAUAAAAUGUGUUGAGAAUGAAAGUAAACCAAUAAUAAUGAUAAAAUCUAUAAAAAAAGGAAGGAUAAAAGAAGCAGUCACUUCUAACUAUCCAAAAAAAUGUCCUAUUCCUCAAAUUAAUAACACUAGAAAUAUGCGUCAAAAUUUAAAAAAGCGUACGUAUAGUUUGAAACAGUUACAAAAAAAUCCUGACUUCAAUGCACAAUUAAAAAAUUUACAUAUAAACUUUUUUUUAAAUGAACGGAAUAGGCGAUUACUUUUUAAUUGUAAACCUGUCACUAUAGAUCUAGAUAGAUUAAAUGAACCUAAACUCCAUAUCAAUAAUUCUAAUUUUGAAAAUACAAGCUCCAUAAUUAAACAAGAGAACGAAAGAUACGAGUGUGAAAAUACAAUAUCGCAUGUAUCAUCUACAGACAAUGUUCUUUACAAAAGUCUUGAGGACGUUAAAGAAUUUCUACCCAUUCAAAAUAAAAUAGACAAAUCUGAAACUUCCUUGAAUAGUACUGGAAUUGAUGGAAGCGGUAAAAACUUUCUAGCGAUAGAAGUAAGCCCUCUUUUUUCCAAUAAUUCCACUACUACUCCUCCGGUAAAAUUAGUCAGAUUUGAUACAGAUAGUCCCAAUCAAGUAAACACUAAGACAUCGCCUACGAAGCAAAUCGACGUUGUACAAACACGUCAUCAGAUAAUACAUUUAGUAAAGACUGUCACGUCGAAGAGAAUAUUGUAA